AUGUUGCCGCUGCAGCUGAGGCGCGGCCCGGGGUUGGCGGCGCACCGGCGGCGGCUGCUACUGCUGCUGAUGCCGCCGCCGCCGCCGCCUUCACCCGCCCGCCGCUCUUCCGCCGCCGCCGCCGCCGCCGCCGCGGGGCCGGAGCCCGAGGCCGCGUCCCCCCGCUAUCGCUGCUACGCUCUGGCCCACCGCGCGCUGCUGGGCCUCGGGGGCCGCGACACCGCCAGCUUCCUGCAGGGCCUGGUGACCAACGACGUGGAGCUGCUGCUGAGCGGCGGCACCGCCGCGGCUCUUUACUGUCACCUGCUGAACGUGCAGGGGAGGAGCGUGUUCGACUCCAUCAUGUACAGGUUGCACAAAAACCAAGACGAAGAGCCAGCUGUCCUCUUGGAAUGCGACGUUGCAAUGCUCGAGGCUCUUCAGAAGCAUUUAAAGGUUUAUAAAAUACGAAGGAAAGUGGACUUGGCCCCCUGUCCACACCUGUCGCUGUGGUCAGUACUCCCCUCCAAACAGUCAAAGGAAGCUGGUGGUGCCUUGGAAGUGGACCCAAGGAAGGUGGUCACCUGUACGCCUGAUCCCCGCACUGAAGCUAUGGGGUGGCGACUGGUGCUGGACAAACUUGAAAAUCCAUUGGAUAUUGUGCCGGAAAGUCAGCAAGGAGAUAUCCAGGACUACCACAGACAUAGGUAUAAAAUAGGAAUUCCUGAAGGUGUAAAGGACAUUGUACCAGGUGUAGCACUGCCUCUGGAGUCCAAUCUCGUUUACAUGAAUGGGAUCAGUUUCAGCAAAGGCUGCUACAUCGGGCAGGAGCUGACCGCUCGGACUCAGCACACCGGGGUCAUACGGAAGAGGCUGAUGCCGAUCAAGCUUAAGAGCGCUCCGCCUCCUGGCAGCAUCCCAGACAAGGCGGCGAUCGUGUCCGAAGCCGGGAAGCCUGCGGGGAGCUACAAGAACAGUGAGGGUGAUGUCGGUUUAGCCCUGAUCCGGCUGGCCCAAGCCAGCGAGCCACUUCAGAUGGCAACAACCGAUGGCAAGCGUGUGUCCUUGAGUGCGCUUGUGCCAGGCUGGUGGCCGAAUGAUGAAGCGAACAAGAGGAAUAAAUGAACAUUAAAAUAUUUUAUUGGUGCGUUGCUGCAAGCUCAUAAGUAACCAGAUGAAUUGGUACAAUUGGGAUAUUUACCUUUGAUUCAUUUAAGUUGCGCGUAAGCUUUUACUUUUGGCCACUUUUCUUCCUCUCCUCCCUGAAGACACUGAUUCCUGCCCGAACAAUUCCACAGAUUUGCCCAAGUUGCCAUUCUUCAUGCGUAUUCUGUGAAGCGCUUUUGAGACGUCAGGAAGACGCGAAAAGCACUAUAUCAAAUGCAAGGAUUAUUAUUAUUAUUAUUAGAAGCCAACACUGAACGUCAACAGACUUUCAACCACCGCAGGGAAACUACAGCUCACUGUUCAAAACUGGAUUUCUUUUAUUCCAGCGGGGCAGCAGUUUAUUUUGGAAGUAAAAUAAAGGAUGAGAUUUCCAGGG